GCGUGCGAGCCCAAUCAGCGGUUCAGUGCUGCCUGCCGGUGCCUGGUGGUUAGAAUCCGCUGCAGCGCGACAGUAGGACCGGACCGUGAACCCGGAGACGGUACACACUGAGGAGAAAGAAAAUACAGAAUGGAGCGGAUGUCUGAGGAGGCGCUUAGACUAAACCUGUUGAAGCGAGGACUAGAAUCGCCCAGCGAGCGCGACGAGGCGCUGGCCAAGCGCUUGAAAAUGGACGGUCACGAGGCGAUGGAGCGCCUCAAGAUGCUGGCUCUGCUCAAGCGCAAAGACUUGGCGGACCUGGCGGCCCUUGAGGUCCCGGUGACUCUGGGAGACGGGAACGGCUCUGUCGCCAGCACCAUCCACCACCAGAACCUGAUGAGCGCCGUGUACGAGGAGAAGCUCAACGGCAGCCUGCGGUUCGGAGGCCACAGCGCUCAUGUUGGAUCUAGUAAAACUGGGAAGGAGAACAUCAUGGACGAGCCGGUGGACAUGAGUGCCGGGAGGAGAUGCGAGGCGGAGGCAGAAAGACAAACCCCGUCUCCAGACGUCAUCGUCCUCUCAGACAACGAGGCAUCCAGUCCUAGAACCACACCGAGGCCCGACGAGCGUACACACCACACCAACCUGGACAUUUUCAAGGGGAAGACGGGAGAGGAGAGGCAGCAGAUGAUCAAAGCUCUGAGGGAGGAGCUGCGUCUGGAGGAGGCCCGCCUCGUGCUCCUCAAGAAGCUCAGGCAGAGCCAGAUGCAAAAGGAGAACGUGGUGCAGAAGGUGUCGGUGGUCCAGAGCUCCACCUCCUCUGUCCAGCCUCCUCCUAUUAACAGCUCCACCAGCUUGGGCAAACUUCCUGUGAGGCCGGGCCUCCACAACCCCGAGCCCCAGAACCUCCGCACUGCACAGGGUCAUACAGUCAUCCGGUCAGCUAAUACCAGCCUGCCUUCCAUGCUGAUGUCCCAGCGAGUGAUAGCUCCCAACCCCUCCCACCUGCAGGGACAAAGAGUUUCCUCCAAACUAGGCAUGUCCCGUUCAGGUUCCGGCACCAUACCCAGCGCUGUCAGUUACCAACAGGCCAGCCAGCAGGUGGCAGCCUCGCAGCACUCUGGCUCCAGUGCCAUGUACAUGAACCUGGCGCACAUGCAGGCAGCAGCAGCAGCGGGGGCCGGCGGUGUGUCGGGCGGCCUGGGCGGAGCUUCGGCCGUCAGCCCAUCCACCCUGUCUGCUGCCGCCGGAGCGGGGGUGGGCUCCAUGGCCGACCAGGCCAGCAGCCAGGCAGCAGCCAAGCUGGCUCUCAGGAAGCAGCUGGAGAAGACCUUGCUGGAGAUCCCUCCCCCCAAACCUCCAGCACCGCUCCUCCACUUCCUGCCCUCUGCUGCCAAUAGCGAGUUUAUCUACAUGGUGGGCCUUGAGGAGGUGGUGCAGAGCGUGCUGGACAGUCAGGGUAAACUCCGAGGCGCGUUGGCUCGCAUGGAGCCCUUCUUCUGCGCCCAGUGCCGAACUGACUUUACUCCCCACUGGAAACAAGAGAAGAGCGGGCGAAUCCUCUGUGAGCAGUGCAUGACAUCCAACCAGAAGAAGGCUUUGAAGGCAGAGCACACCAACCGGCUGAAGAACGCUUUUGUGAAGGCCUUACAGCAGGAGCAGGAGAUCGAACAGAGACUUCAGCAGCAAACGACUCUUUCUCCGAGCGCCGCAUCCGCUGGUUCUAACGUCUCCAAAGCAGACACCAUGAUCCGACAGCACGCCCUCCGGCAGGCUCCGCAGCCUCAGGCCUCUCUCCAGCGAGGUCUGUCGAACUCUGCAAGAGGCGUCCUCUCCAACUUUGCCCAGGCCUCCCAGCUGUCAGUGGCCAGCAGCCUCAUGGGAAUGACUGGUGGCAAGCACUGUGGCAGCACCAGCGGCAGCAGCAACAGACUGUUGCACGACAGCCGCCGCCAGAUUUACAACAUCCCAGGGUUAAAUAUUGCCUACCUGAAUCCUGCCGCCGUGGGAGCCCAUAAGACAUCCAGCUUAGCGGACCGACAGAGGGAGUACCUGUUGGACAUGAUCCCGCCUCGGUCCAUAUCGCAGUCCAUCAGCGGACAGAAAUGAGCUCAGCACCCCACCACCCCACUCUACCUUGUCCCCGGGCUCUGCAGUUUACCCACAGGCCCUGUUUGGAAGCGUUCCCAGAUCACCCGUUGUUUCCAUUUCACAACUCCCUCAUCGCAUGCAGUGCCUGUCCUUGUGCCUACUCUCAGCCGACCCAUCAGAACCUGCCCAGUUGGACAGCUAAAGCAUCUUACUCGUUCUUCAAUUUUAUUACGUACUUUUCUUCGGUUUUCACUGGUGGUGGCACUCCCCCAAACCCGCAGCUGCCAUGUUUGCUCCAGUUGGCGAGACCCGUUUCUUUCCUGUGUUUGCUUCACCUCUCUGCGUCUGAAUUCCCCGUGUCCAUCUUUUACUUUUGCCCAGCUCCAAAUUUAGACUAUUGCUACACACACACACGCACACACACAUGCAUUAAAAAAAAAAAAAUAACAGGGUGCACUCUGGUUGCUAUGCAACAUGACGUUUAAGACCUCUGCGGUUUUAAAAAGUUUGACACUAGCUGUUGACGAGGUGGAGGAUGCUGACCGGAACAACGGUGUGUUCAGAGGACGCCACUUGUCCCCACAGCUCUUCAUCAGCAGCUUCUUUUUUUUUUUUUAUCACGUCACCUUUAAGUUUCAGAGGCUGCAGUCGGGAGGUUCUCUGCAGAGGAACGGGGAUGCAGACGUCGUCAGCUCUUCAAUGCCUCCUUUUUUUUUCAUCUUUUUUUUUUUCGAUUUGGCCUAAGGUCCAACAUUUUCUUAUUUUGAUGUUCUUAUUUUUGAAAUGCCGUCUCUGACUGAACUUGGCGGCAAACCUGAGAGGUUUCCUGCCGCUGGAGACGAUAAUAAUCAAAAGAAGGAAACUGCUGAGAUUCUGGUUCCGAGAACGAAGGAUAAUGUUUGGGAGAGACGCGGAUCAAUCAUUGUGUGCACACGUCUGCACACAAGUUGCCUCACUCCAGAGGAGCACUUUUCAUGUUUCCAAUGGGAAAUUUUUUUGUUACAGAGAAGAAGAAAUGAAUGUCGAGGCUGAAAGUGAGUGAGGCCAGAUGAAUAUUGUAAAAGGCAAAGAGGCUGAAUUUGUUUUUUGUUUUUAUUUUACAUGAAUGAUUUCAUGCUGGUUUUAUGAUUGCGGGCUGGAGUGACUGCCGGGUUUAAAUGUGGCAGCUGGAUGGGAGAGCGUCAAAGUAGGGUGAGCAGUCGGCUGUGGGGGAAUCGUGUCAUUUCGACUUUAAUUUCAUAGUGUUUAGUGUGGGUUGAAGUUUCGUGUCAAAACACAAAGCAGACUCGGAUGCGUGUCACCGACCCGACCCUCAACAGGACGGUCGGUUCUCUGCUGCUCUUCUCUGACAGUUUAGACCAAGCAGCAUGGCUUCCUUCCCAUGUUUCUCAGUCAUCUUUUAAUGCACGUGACUGUCAGUUUCUGCUUAAAAAAGCUGCAGAACAUGAGAGGAGGGGAGACUCCUCCCUCCCCACAAGUGUACCAGAAGGAGGCAGCAGUCAUCUCUGCCUAAGCCCCCGCCCUCCUCCAGAUCAGAGCCUUUUGGGAAAUGAGAGUAGGAGAAGGCCGAUAAUGUGAACGAUGUGACCAAAUAGUUGCCAAAGAAAGUUGUCAGCAACAAUCAGAAAGUUUCCUCCGCGUUUCUUGCCUGUCUGGAGGCAGAAACCCAGCCUUCAUCCUGGAAACAGGGUAGCAUCUGAAUUCUGGAGCAGGUUGCAGGCUGGAUUAGCAGUCGCGUUCUGUCACGGUUUUGUGUCGUGGAGCCAAGUCUAGAUAUGCAUUUGGCAGCUAGAUGAGUCCAAACUUGAAACACUCAUGUCAGCUUCACUUCUGCUCUGUUUUUGGUGUUUUUACAUUGUAAAAACUGGUGACUCCUCCUUUUUUGUUUUUAGUUUCUGUCCCUGUCAGCAUGUCAUCAUCAUGAGAUAAAAGCAGUAAACGGCAGCAGUUUAAGUCCAUUCAUGAUACUCGUGACUUAUGGUCAUUCUGCUAAAAAAAGCCCGAAAACUUUGGUUUGGUGGACACGUGGCACAGAUGCUGCAGUUCUGUUGUUCUUAGAUUGAAAUACUUUUUGUAAUCCUCCCAGCAGUGAGUCUUAACUAGUUGAAGCUGCCUUUAUGAACAACACUUUUCCAUUUUGGGCCUCAUUGGUUCUGAAGCUACAUGAUGUGUAAAAGGGUGUUUAAAGCAGCAGAGGCAGUGCUGAAGGUGAUGCAAUAAAUGAGUCAUUUUUUGUUUUAGAUGCUUCUCCUGCAUCAGCGUGAAGUUAGCAGCUCUUUGCUCCUCUGUUUUCUGUCAAAGGUUCAGCCAUAGAACAGUAGUAUUGUAGGUCUUGAGGAUUUAUUGAAAACCCUGCAAGACAUAAUUCAUCCGAUUGACACUUUGAUGCAGCAUUGACUCUCCUCAAUAGAUGAUGUUUGCGUUUGUUUCUCACGGCUCCACUGAGAGGCAGAGCUGCAGUCCUCCUGUACACGGGGAGGAGCUGUGGUGGAGGGCUGCCCCCUGUGCACAUCUGUCAGUCCCGUGAGUGGUGGUGUUUUGUUGAUGGAGUGGCGAAAGCGGCUGAGGUUUGUUUCAGCGAUGCAGUAUUCCAUAUUUCUGGACUCCCUAGCUCCACAUUCGAAGCCCGCUGGUCACGCGUGCACUGCAGGGUUGGACGGGAAGAGGACGCUCCUGUCAGCCAGCUGUCUGCAGAUUCGCCCGCACAUAGCAGUUUUUAAAAUUAAGAUCCUUUUUCAAGUUUUGGGAUUCUCAGAAGUCACUUUUAUUCCGAUGGCUCAGUUCAGUUCUUUUUGUUUCUGUUAAACAACUAAAUGUUUAAACUAUGAAAUAAAUGACACGAUAUUUGCUAGGUUUGAAGUAAUAAUGACUUAUUGUACAGAAGCAUUCUUUUUUUUUUUCCUCCUGUAUCCUGAAAACAAAAAAAAAGAACUUAAAUGGUUGUACAUUGUGUAGAAAAGCAAACAAAAAGCCAUGAAUAUUGUGAAGCUUGUCAUUUUGUUUUGUGAUCACUGUGUAUUACUGUGUAACAAAUGUGCAAAAUGUUUGGGGACUAUCCCCGCCCCCUUUUUUCCUGGUCCUGCUCAGUGCAUUUGCUUCAUUUUGGACUGAAGUUUGCAGGACAAUGAUCACUGAAGACGUUUUCACGGCGGCUUAAUCCGAGGAUCAUCUUGGACUGACACAGCAUUUCUCGAAUGUUUGUGUGUCUUCAUCUACCGAUGACUAAUAAAUGGACAGAGUUUUUUUUAAAUAUAUCAGGAAUUUUAAAUGAACUCAUUUUAAUUUUCUUUUUCCUCACAAAGAGCAUAGAUGUUCUUUUUUUCCCCAGUGUUUCUGCAGCGACGAGCUUUGUCCAGUCAGUAUAAGAGAGGAAGUGAAUCAGUGAUCAGUGUCCCUGCUGACACCAGCAUACCACAGUGGUUGCUCCUGUACCGUCCAGCUUUAUCUUCUUUUCAAUUUUGCUGCUGAUGCAGGGAAAUAAUUAAGUGCAAACCCAGGCUUUACAAAUUCUUCAACAUGUUAAAAAAAAAAGAUCUGAGAAAAAUUGAAAUCAAGCAGAGCUUAAUUUUUUUGCUUAUGUCAGUCCUGACCUUUUGCACAUACUUGAUAUUAAAGUAUCUUCAAAAGUUAAAAAAAAGUUAUAAGAAAAAUAAUGCUGUUUGAAUACUGCCAGUUGAUUGACAAUUAUGCAUUGAUUAAAAAAAAUAAGCUAAUUUUCAAGGAAAUAUCUUUGUAAUAUUUAUCUCUUGCAAGCUAUGUUUAAUAAAGGUUGAAACAAUUUGCUU